UGUUUGAAUGCAGUUCACAGCCAACUCAAACUUGGUAUCUCCAACAGUUUCACCCUAUUGUUCCAUAGUUUUUAUGCCCAUGUUUCCAGAGCCAGACAUCAAGAAAUGGCUAAAUCAUUACCUGUGGUAGCCCAGGAAGAUUUGGAUAGCUUUACCUUGACCAGGACAGACUCAGGCUUUGCACUCAAAGCUUUUCAUAUUUCUUGGAACACUCACAUCUCUGUGAAGCUGCUGACCAGCCAGGACUCUACAGAGAGGGAGUGGAAGUUGCUACUUCAGGAUAUAGCAAGUGUCAGAUGCUAUGAGUCUGAACAUCUUCUGCCUCCUCUUGGGAUUUACCAGUACCAUGGACUCGUGGGGAUAGUGACUGAAUGGAUGAACAAUGGAUCCCUCCACUCGCUCAUCAAUGAGCACCAACUGUACCCAGAACUUCCGUUACCCUUACUCAUAAGGAUCCUGUCGGAUGUGGCUGAAGGGCUGCAUCACCUUCACAGUCUUGGACCUGCUUUCUGCCACUGCAGCCUGAAACCUUCCAAUGUGCUUUUGGAUACACAGUACAGAGCCAAGAUAUCAGAUUAUGGUCUAAUCAACUGGAGGAAACAGCAACUGAGGUCAGACCUGCAGAACUGCAAUCAGAGAACCUGCCAGGAUUUAGUGUACUUCCCUCCUGAAAUCCUUGAAGGAGGCCUUCCUUCCCAGGAAGGUGAUAUUUACAGUUUUGGAAUACUGUGCUGGGAGAGCCUAAGCAGACGAAAACCUUUUGAAGGUCAAACAACCCUCCUGGAAGUUCCAACAGGAAUCUGCAGUAGUUUACGGCCUGGCAUUUCAGAGAAGUUUAUACCAAGCAAUUUGCCUGAGAGGAAUAGACUGUUGCACCUUAUUGCUCUGUGCUGGCAUCAAGAACCAGAUUAUAGACCACGUACUGCCGAAUGUGUAGACCUUCUAAAUGGAAUUUUGACCAGUAUAAAUAAGGAAGCAAUUUCCACUGCAAUCUACAAUCUGAUGGAUGCAAAGGAGACAGCACUUAAUGCAUGCAAAGGUUCAGAAAUAUACACAUUGCAGACAGGCAUAUGCAAUUCAGAGGUCAUCUGUCCACAUAAAAACCCCCACUUAAUCAGCAAGAAAAUUCCUUUUAUAGUGCCAAGCUUGUCAACUAUUCUACUUGAUAGAAGUACAAACAAUGCAAGAAGAGAAAAUAUUCUGGAGACGGGUCUGUUGAAUACUAUCCCACAGAAUGCAACAACAAAGAAAGGUCUCUACCUUGAAACACAUUCAGAUCACCCAGGCUCUGACAGUAGAAAAUCAAAUUCCUUUUGCACGAUUCCCUUAUCUGGUUCAACUGCAAGCAAAGAAAGCAGUGAGCAUAAUGACCCAGCAGUGGCUCUGAAGCACAGAGCACAACCUUUACAUCUUGAACAAGCAGUGACAGGUCCUCGCCGCAAAGGAAACUGCUGUCAAAUACUAGCCUGCCAGAGACAGACCAUACUGAACUGCAUGACAGAAGGACGCCUCAACCACAUCCUUGAUGUCCUUCGCUCACAGCAAAUGUUGUCCCGAAUGGAUUAUGAAACAAUUACCUCUUACCCCACAGUGACUGGCCGUGCUCGGGCAUUGUUGGACACUUGCCUUUGCCUUGGAGAGAGGGCAGCCCAGGUGGUAGUGACUGUACUUUCAGUGACCAAAUGUAGUCCUCUGGGACAAGGCAGCCAUUACUCAGACUGUCCUGCUAAGGGGAACAGGCUCACGUUGUGACUUUUUUUUUUUCCAGUUUGUUACUUGCAUCAGAGCACUGGUAAUUUGUAACAGCAAUGAUCCAUGUUAAUUCCUCAUAACCUAUUGACUGAAGUCACUCCUUCCUACGGCCCAUGAUUUUAGACCGCUAGUGGAAAAUGCUAGCUGGAUUAAAAGGUCAAGUCAACCACUGCCUGCAGAAAUUAGCAAGAGUGGUGUAACAAAUUCUAAUUUGGACCUCAGAGGUGGGAGGAGUGCAAUGUGUGCCUAAGCAAAUACAGUGAGUCAGAUGACACCUUAUUUCCUUGAUUUUUUUAGAAUGGAAGAAAAUGGAUCAUAACUUUUUGGAAUUCAUACUAUGAAACAACAGCUGUUACUAAAUCCUUCCAAAUAAGGACAGCAAACAACAGGAUACCGGAUGAGGAGAAAAAAAGUUACUCCCUUUCACUGAGGUUGUAUCUGAGCCAGCUGUUGAAGUGAAAGGCUUAAAAGAAUCCAGAAAUAUUUAUUUAUUUAACAGGGUCUUAAAUAAGACUUGGAAAUUUUAUAUUAUGCAUAUAAAUGACUUUAUUUUCACUCAUAAAUGGCUAUAUGCUCUGAAAACGGGGCAGUACUUGGAGAGGUGGGGCUUAGAGUGGAAAAACAUUAAUACCUUCCAUUCAUGAUGUUGUCUGCAGUUCAAAUGUGAGAUUAAACCAGGAUCAUUUUGAAA